UUCAGGCCGUUAUGGUGUCCCAUGCGGUCAUCUGGUUGUGCCUGUCUCUGGGCACGUGUGUCCACCUCAGUGGUGCCCUGCCACCUCAGCACCGCGGCUGGCUGCGCCUCUGGGAGGAAGGUGAGGUCUGUGGGGAGUGCCAGAAGCUCACGUGUCCCACACCGCCCCCUGGCUGCCCGGCUGGACUGGUGCAGGACACCUGCGGCUGUUGCGAGCAGUGUGCCAACGCGGAGGGCCAGCUGUGCGAUCCCGACGGAGCUCAGCACUUCUACGGCCAGUGUGGGGAGGAGCUGCAAUGCCAGAGGUCACCCAGGCGGAAGAGACGCCGCAAGGGAGGACAUGGGGGUGGUGGUGACGAUGCGGGUCCGGAGCCCAAGUGUGUGUGCCGGUCCAGGGGGCCAGUGUGUGGGUCGGAUGGGCGGACGUACCCAAACCCUUGCCAGCUGAGGGAAGAGGCUAGCAGGACGAGCCAGACAGAGCUGAGAAUGGCAGGGGCUGGACCCUGCUACUCAGCCCCACAGAUUUCCAAAGCCCCUCGAGGCGUGAGGAACUCCACAGGAAGUGAGGCUGUGUUUAGCUGUGAGGUGUCUGCGUUUCCUCUACCCAAUGUGAGCUGGAUGAAGAAUGGGAGCCACAACUUCCUCCCUGGAGACGACCCUCACAUCUCUGUCCAGUCACGUGGUGGGCCCCAGCGUUUUACUGUGUCGACAUGGCUGCAGAUACAAGGUCUGCAUCUGUCUGAUGGUGGCACGUACCUCUGCAUGGCGUACAACACUGUGGGGGAAACCUCUGCCUCUGCUCGGCUGCAUGUCCUCAGGACAGAGGCAAAGAAGAGUGAUGAUGAGCAGGAUGACCACAGGGAUGGGAGCAAAGAAGAGGAGGAAGACUACUUCUUUGACAGCACAGGGGAUGAUGAAGAUGAACUGUUCAUAUCAGGGGAUUACUCAGAGUGAGAAGAGCAUGUACAGAAUAGAGGAGAGGAAGACUGAUGGAGUGAACAGAGAAUAUGAAAUGACUGACGAAUGAAGCAAAUGCAGAAUGCAGAAAUAUGAGGUCUAGAAAUAUGAAGUGGCUUCAGAAUUUAUAGCCCAUUAUUACGGUCAUCUAAGGUCAAAAGAGGAGCAUUAUACAUGAUGGAUGUUUCGUUCUUGCUGCUCAAAUUGGUAUGCAAGCGAUGCGUAAAGGAAUCUCAGUAGCAGAUAAAUCAUUGCUUUUUCAUAACAUAUUUUACAGACUGCCAAUUUUUCUUGUCGGUUUUCCCGCAAAUACAACUCUCUAGACUUAACUUAAAACACUCCCUUCAAACAUUUAAGAAAUAUGUUGAAUAAAAAAAGUUUAAAAAGUAAA